AUGCUACCGUGGAAACAUUUCUGCCGGCUUCGGGCAUCGCGCUUUGUGGCCACGCAAAAUUCGAAUGGGUGCUUCCAGUCCCCCAUAAACCUAUCCGCAGCAGCUGCCGGUAGACGUCCUCGACCAGUAUCAGCCAUGACCACACCUACCCAGCCACCGGAUUCUUCAGUUGAGGACGUCUACUUCCCGGAGGCUGAUGUCGAAGAUUUUGAGCAGUAUCGUAUCGGCGGCUAUCACCCAACCCUCAUCAAUGAUUAUUUUCGGGACGGGCGAUACGCCGUCGUUCACAAGCUCGGCUACGGCGGCAACUCGACCAUCUGGCUGGCUCGCGACCGCCAACAAAAUCGCUACCUGUCGUUGAAAAUAAAGGUUAGCGAAACGUUGUCGUCCGAAGAACAUAAUAUAAUGCACCUUCUUCGCGAUCGCGGUUACAAAGAGGAAGGAAAGCGGUUUAUCCCCAGAUUAUUGGACGAGUUCUCAAUUAAUGGCCCCAACGGCGUCCAUUCAUGCUUGGUUGGGGAGCCAGCAGGAUUAAGCAUCUCCGCAUCCAAAGAGUUGACUCCCGAUUGGAAAUUUCCCAUUGAGUCUGCCAGGUCAAUAGCUGCGCAACUUGCUUUGGGCCUUUUGUAUAUACACAACCAUGGAAUUUGUCACGGAGGUUCUUUUUCAACGCUGACAAAUCUUUCAGAUCUACAUUUGUGUAACUUUCUGCUUGGCGUCCCUAGCUUCGAUCAUUUGGCGACGGAGGAGCUGUACGAGCUUCACGGGGAGCCCUACCCAGUUCCGGUUCGACGAUUGGAUGGAAAAGAUCCUCAACCCCACGCUCCGUCUCAUGCGAUCUACCCUAUGAGUAUGCAAAUGCCCGCGGACGAGGUCAUGGACCCAGAGAUUUUGAUCUCUGAUUAUGGUACCAGCUUCGUCGUUUCACAGGAACCGAAUCCUAACCUACACACGCCGGCGCUCUACCUACCACCAGAAGACUUCUUCGGCGAGCCCGUGACUCCAGCUGCUGACGUAUGGACGCUGGGGGUCAACCUAUAUGAAGUGCUGGGCGAGCGGGCCCUUUUCGAAACCUUCGCAUGGGAUAGAGAUGACAUCAUUGCCGAAAUGGUCAGUACGCUGGGUGUGCUGCCGUCACGAUGGUGGGAUAAGUGGGCAAACCGAGGCGACUUCUUCAACCCGGACGGAUCGUGGAUCCCCGCCAGCCAGCUUCGAAGAAUCACUACUCGUAUCUCGCGACCCCUUCGCCAGCGAUUAUGGGACAUGGGCAGGGGCGAGACACCUGAGGACUGUGAGUGGGAUGUUGCAGGCGGUGAGAUGAGGGCACUGGAAGAGCUGCUCAGAGGUAUGCUUGCAUUUGAACCAACGCAGAGGCUUACUGCCGAACAUGUUAUGGCUUCCGAGUACAUCACGAGAUGGGCAAUUCCGGCUUGGGAAAGACAGGUGAAGAGGAAUUUGUAG